UGAACUUUGUGUGUUUAAAAUAUGUAGCGCAAUAUUUGUUUAAAAAAUAGCCACACCCCUAAGGCUGAUUUGACUAAACUUCUUCUACACCGAAAACACUGAUAUUGACUCGUGAUUUCGUGAACUCUGUUUAUCUGCCAACUUGUUUCAGAAUGUCCUGUUGAAUACAUUCGUGCAGCCUCGCUAUACCCACCGCGUCUCACUGCUGUCACACGCAGACAAGCACAGCCCAGACCUUCCACUCGUCAUAGCCGCCUCAAACUGCCUGCAGUCUGACACCGUUCCGGGUGAGCAGAGAGCGGCUCGGCGCAAAAAGCUCUGGACAGGUGAUCCGCGUUUCAGAGCCCUCAUAGAAGAACAUCAUAUGAGCAGAAACACAGCGAUAAUCAGAAAAAAAACUCAGGAGUAGAAUAGCCACUUUUUCUCCCUAAAGCCUGCCUGUGUGAGCAGGUAUAGGGUAUCCACAGCCUGGACUGAGUGCAGAAAGAGCUGUGAAGCUGUGAGCGCAGCACUUUCUGGAGGGGGAUGAACGUGUCCAGUUCUUCGGUACCAAGUCCAAAUCUGACAUCGAUCGAUGAAAACAACAGCGUGGUCCCCAGCGCAGUGCUGUUCGCCCUGGGGGUGACGGGCAACGUCAUCGCCUUGUGCAUCUUAUACCUGCACAAACACAAUAGCAACCGCGUCUCCGUCUUCUACGUGCUGGUCACCGGCUUAGUCUGGACCGACUUGCUGGGGAAGCUGGUGAUCAGCCCCAUGGUCCUGGUCUGUUACAGUACAAGGCAGCCCGUGGGUGAAGGCAUGCAGUGCAACGCGUUCGGCGCGCUCAUGGUUUUCUUCGGCUUGUGUUCAAUGUUCAUCCUGCUUGCAAUGGCUGUGGAGUGCUGGCUCUCCAUCGGGCACCCCUAUUUUUACCAGCGGCAUGUAAACCGCAGGAAGGCGCUUCUGAUGUUCCCGUUCAUCUACUUGUUCUGCCUGCUGUUCUGCGCCUUGCCGCUGAUCCUUGGAAGUGAGUUCGGCAGGUACAAAUCCUAUUUCCCGCGUACCUGGUGCUACAUCGACAUGAACCGGCCGCAUCACGUGUACUCGGUGCUGUUCGGAACACUGACGGGGCUGCUCAUCCUCUUGAUCGUGGCGUUCAACCUCUCGGUGAUGAUCAGCCUCCUGAAGAUGUAUAAACUGUCCCGCAAACAGAAAAUACGGCGCGGCUCUUUUGAGAGAGCCGAGAACCAGGGUGCCCACAACGGCCACGCCGAGGAGCUCGACCACCUAGUCCUGCUGGCGCUCAUGACCUUCAUCUUUAUAAUCUGCUCAGUCCCCGUCACUGUGCGCACAUACAUUGGAGCAUUCUCCCAAGCAAGCGAGGACAAUGAAGCCAAGGACCUGAUGGCGCUGCGGUUCCUCUCGGUGAACUCCAUCGUGGAUCCCUGGGUCUUCAUCAUCUUCCGCACCUCGCUCUUCCGGAUGAUGGUUCACAAGCUGUACGACAAGCUGUGCCACACCACUUUAAAUGGCUGAAGUUCAAUCCAAAACCUCGAUAACAUGGCAGCCAUUGUUAGAAAACAUGCCUGUAAUGGGCUGCUUCAGUACAACAAGGCUAACAAUGAACUUAGAAUUUAGAAUUUAGAUUCAGAACACUAAUGGCACCAUUCUGAAGGCACAUUUCAGAGAGGUACUCUAAGUAUAUAAGGAUACCUAGUUUUGUAAGAAAACUUUGGUGCAUAUUUGUAAAGCGUUUCCUCAAGUCUUUAAGCUGUAACACUUUAUAACCCAUUUGCCUUCGUUACCCAUUUAUUAAUUCAGUGCAUGUCAGCAAACGGCCAGCAGAUCAGCAAUAAGGGUGCUAAGUGUUUAUUAAGACUUGCAUUGGCAGUUUCCAGCUCCAGCAGAUAUCUGCUGUAAUCUGUGUAAAACAUGUGCUAUUAAGCUCUUUAAUAAUACUGAGCUACUCAAACCCAAUGUGGCAGCUUCCACUCCAGCCACUGAGCCAGUAUUACAAACCAUGUUAAAAAUAGUGUGACAAUCAAAAAGACAACGCGUGACACAACCCAAACAUGCCCAAUUCCUCUCCUUAUAUCUAGAUCACCAUAGCUUGCCAGCACAUAAACAAAAAUGAAUUUCACAGUGCACUAUUUCCUGUGGUCGUUUCCUUUGCCAGCACUCCUGGUAGACACACCACUCACCCUGUAGAUUACAGUAGAUGAACGUUAAGGAUUCUGGACAUUAAUGGCACUUUAGAUAUGUUUCUGAAUGGUAUUGUAUUGCAUUGUAUUGUAUUGUAUCUUAUUGUACUGUAUUAAAAAAGGACCAGAUUCACAACAGGCAGUUUCGCCAGUGCAAAAACGACAUGUUCAUGUUACAGAACUUAAUGGGAGGCAUGGUCCUUUAAGGGCUGCUUUUCUGUAUCAUUUAACUGACAGCUUUUCAGUUUAAAAGUAAUCUGGCGCAAGCUUCAAAUGCUUUGUGAAUGUGACCCCCUUCGGUGUGAAAUAAUGACUGUGCAUGUGAAAGGGAUUGGAGUUAUGAUGCAGAUACAGUUCCUCUCAUAUCGUUAUGUGUUGCUUUAAUAACGCUGCUGAUACAGGCUCUGUAUGUCAUUGCAUGCAAGUGUGAAGAGCAAGUGCAGCCAGGCCUGUCCAUGGCAUUGCUUAAGUGCAGCCUGUGUGGCAUGUAUGUAAAUGUGGUUAGCUGUGGUGCAUCAUGUGGCUUUAUUGCGUGUCCUCAAUGUAUAGAGGUUUUACUAAAUGUAAAUAAAUAAAUCCAUAGACAAUAAAUGUCUAUAUAAUUGUAA